AUGUCUUUGAAUCGUAGUACCGUGGUGUUGAAAGAUAGCAUCGAGGAACAGAUCAGUCCUGUGGUGUACGUGGGUGCCGCGGUUGGUCUUGGUUUCAUCGGCUUCUUCGGUUUUACCAUGAACCUUCUGGUGGGACUGGUGAUCGUCAAGGAUGCACAGGUCCUCUGGACACCCGUGAACGUUAUCCUCGUUAAUCUUAUUGUAGGAGAUUUUUUGGUAGCAUCUCUUGGAAAUCCAGUCGCCAUGGUAUCAGCGAUCACUGGAGGGUGGUACUGGGGCUACAAAGUGUGUCUCUGGUACGCCUGGUUUAUGUCCACCCUGGGAUUCGCGAGUAUCGGAAAUUUAACCGUAAUGGCUGUGGAAAGGUGGUUGCUGGUCGCCAAACCUGUGAAUGCCUUGUCUAUAAGGUACGCUAUGAUAUUAGGUUUCUUCGUUUGGGUCUACGCGCUAUGCCUCUCUGUACCACCCCUUUUCGGCUGGGGAAGCUACGGUCCCGAAGCCGGAAACGUAUCCUGCAGCGUCUCCUGGGAAAUUCAUGAUCCAGAUACGAAAAGCGAUAGUUACAUAGGUUUCAUUUUCAUAUUCGGCCUUCUGAUUCCUGUAAUUGUGAUCACGACCAGCUAUACGUCUAUUGUGUUAACUUUGAGAAAAGUGAGGAAAAGAUCAGGCGCUAGCGGAAGAAGGGAGGCGAAGAUUACGAAAAUGGUUGCAUUAAUGAUAACGGCUUUCCUAGUCGCUUGGUCGCCGUACGCGGCUUUGGCACUCGCCGCACAAUAUUUCGACGCAAAACCAUCAGCAUCUGUAGCAGUGCUUCCAGCAUUAUUAGCCAAAUCCUCCAUCUGCUACAACCCCAUCAUCUACGCCGGUCUGAACAGUCAAUUCCCUCGAUCGUUGAAGAAGAUAUUCGACGUACGAUCGGCGAGGAGUUCGGUACCGGGUAGCCAAAACACGGCGUUGACGAAUUUGAACAGACAAGAUCAAAGAAAAUGAGGGGCGACUAUGAAAAAUUCCUGA